UCCCUCCCUCCAACUGGUACCCUCAUAUCCUCCCCCAGUGGCCAGCAUCUUCUCCCUGAGGGCAGAGGCGUGGCCCCUCACAGUGCCCAGCACCUGCUGGUAUACAGCACAUGCUCAAAUAAUGUGGCCACUCAGUUAACACACAGAAGAACUUGCUCCAAGCGACACGUGGCACAUCUCCUUACAAAAUGCAUCUAUCAUAGCGGCUGUUUUCAGAGGCUUUCCCAAACACAGUGUGAUCUGGAACAAAUUGUGAAGCCCACGAGCCUGGUGAAGCUUUCAUUAUUGAGCACCUGCUGUAGACCUCCUUGAGCUGAGGAGAGGGAUCAAGAGCUCAUGGCCAAGAGGGGACCAGGCCCACCCACAAACACUGUUGAUGUGUGGCCCUGAGCUGUGGCAGGGAUGUGGCAACGCAGAAGGGAGCCAGGGGAUGGGCUCCCAGCAAUCUGGGGGCCACGGAGACUGGUUUGAGUGCAGGGGGAGUGGGCUAGGGCUAGCCCUGGUGGUAAGAUUCACAGGUGUUAGGCUUCUGGGCUGCAGCUGCUCAGUCACCUCCUGGCACUCAGGUGCAUCAGUUCAUUGUCCUCAUGCUAGUGGUGGGGGCAGCCCUAAUGCACAGGGUCUGAAACAUGCUCAGGUGUACCUGCAGUGUGUGAGAGGAAGGAGGCUGGAGAAGGUGGGCGUGGCCACCUCGCCAGGUGUGGGUCUUGAGGGAACUUCUGCCUCCUUUCAGGUGGCACAGAAUGUGGCCCUGUACACAGGCGACCCCAACCUGGGGCUGGAGCUGUUUGAGGCAGCUGGAGACAUCUUCUUCAAUGGGGCCUGGGAGCGGGAGAAAGCCGUGUCCUUCUACCGGGACCGGGCCCUGCCCCUGGCAGUGACUACGGGCAACCGCAAGGCGGAGCUACGGCUGUGCGACAAGCUGGUGGCACUGCUGUCCACGCUGGAGGAGCCCCAGGAGGACUUGGAGGUUGCCCACAUGGCCCUAGCACUCAGCAUCACUCUGGGGGACCGGCUGAACGAGCGCGUGGCCUACCACCGGCUGGCCGCCCUGCACCACCGACUGGGCCACGGCGAGCUGGCGGAGCACUUCUACCUCAAGGCCCUGUCGCUCUGCAACUCGCCGCUGGAGUUCGACGAGGAGACCCUCUACUACGUGAAGGUGUACCUGGUGCUCGGUGACAUCAUCUUCUACGACCUGAAGGUGGGUGGGGAGGUGCAGGGCUUGGGGUAUUCCCAGCCCCUUGGAGUGGGAUCUCCACCCAGACCCCAGAGGCCUGGGUUCCAGCCUUCCUUAGGAAUGGCUCAGUGGCCUCCCUGGAGCUCUGCACCCAGCUGGAGGAGCCGGCAAAGUUAGUAGAUACAACCCAGCUCCCAAGAUGGCCAGGCCCCACCCUCAAGAAGUCAGUCUCAGCCAGGGAGGCUGACACAUGAGCGGGCAAUGGUGGCCUCUGGGUAAAGAAGGGGGAUUGUAGUCAGGGGGGCCCUCCUGGAGGAGGUGACACCAAAGCUGAGUCUUGACAGUCAAGUGUCAAGUUGCAUUUAACAAAGAAAACAGGGUGGGGAGAAGGACAUUUCUGAGGACGGCAUCAUCCUCACAUGGAAUCCACGUUGUAAGAUCCAACCCAAAUCCCAGCGCCUCCUCUAGGAAGCCUGCCCAGGGUGCCAGCCCGCACUGAGCAACUCCUUCCUGGAGUCCCGAGACACCUUGAAUCUUCACAUCACCCAGGAAGGGUGGGGUGGGGCCGGUGUCUUACCAUCUGCUUCACAGACGGAAACCCCAGCUCAGGGCAGGUGCAGUGGGGCCGGGCCCCAGCCAGCCGGGCUGAGGCCUUGCUGGGUCGGGUCUGUCUCGAGGGGAGGUGCUGGGACCUGGGCUCCCUCUGACCCCAGCCCUGCAGGGCUGGAGAGCUGGGACUGGCAGACUCGGACCUGGGGUGUCUCCACCCCUCUGCCCAGCAGGCACCCGCCCCUCCUAGCAUCGCACCGGCACCGCGUCAGUGCUCCUUAUGGGCUGAGGGGCCAGGGCACGCCAGUCCAGGGACCGAGAUCUUGGGGGCCUUAGAACAACAUGAGGAGCUGGGGCAGCCCUAAGACCCCGCCCCGUAUCCCCCACCGCAGGCCUGGGGCUGCCCGGGAGGCCCCCGCCCAGUGCUGGCGACACCUGGUGGU